GUUCAUUAUGUUAUGAUUAUGUUUCAGUGAUUGUUUUAGGAGAGGAACGUUAUAUCGAGGACGGAAUUGUGUUCAGUUUUGUGAUUGAAAAUAAUGCCGCGUCAACGAUUGGCAAAGUUAGCUGGUUUGAUGAUUCCUUACAAGCAUGGAAUGCACAGGCCGUCCAAGAUGCUGGCUGGUACUGUUCAUCCGUCUAAUGUUCCAGACACUGUCAAAGUCGUGGUCACCAGGCAGAUUUUUCAUGAGUCCAUGAAACUUUCAUUACUGUCUCUGUUCAAUUGCAAUUUUCUCUCACAUUUUGAUUAUCAGUUUUACCCGGAGAAAGAAGCGAUAUACGUUAAGGACCCUGCAAAAGCAUGCAACAUUGGUGACAUUGUGUUGGUCAAGAAGCUUCCGGAACAGGCGAAUGAACGUGUUUCGCACGUCGUUCAAGAAGUAUUGUUUGCGUGCGGAGAUGUGACAGACCCUGUGACCGGGGAAAAAGUGUCCGGAUCUCAAUACAGAUUUAUGCUUGAUUUGGAGGACAAAAUGGUUCGUGAAGCGCUGAAAUCGGACACAUCUGCCAGAGAAUGCUUCAUCCGCGAGAAAGCGCCGAAGCGUGGGAGUACGGAACUCGACAAGAGCUACGAGGACGUUUACAUUCGUUACGAUGCUCGAAUAGAAGACGACCACGCUGUGGAUGCGCAGUAUCACAAACUCUGAUCUUUGAUAUUGUGAAUGAGAAGUAGUGCUGAUAAAACUUGUGAUUUCAUUCGUAAUAGGCAUUUGAAGUCCUGUUGGCUAAUUUUGAAAUCUUCCGAAACUGUCCGGUGCAUUCGUAUCGCCUCAAUUUUACCUCGCUUUGUUGGUUAUGAAUUUAGCGCUGAUGAGACUAUUUAUUUUAAAGUGACUCAGGUGGACUCAGCAACAAAAUUCAAGGGACCUGAAAUAAUCGUUGUAGGGAAUACCUAAAACAUCGGGAGAGACGCGUAUGGGACUCAAAGAAAAAAAAUUCUUCUGCUGAGAUAAUCGCUGUAGACAAGAUUGUUGUAGAGAGAGUCAACCUGUAAACAGCAAUUGAAUGCUAGACCAGUUUCUUUUAUGUAUGUUUUGGAGCCUAACAUUUUUUGUGCGUGAUAUCGCUUCAAUUUUUUAGCCUCUCGUGGUUUAAUUUAGGAUCUCUCUAAAUAUAGGAUUGACACGAUUUUAGGUCCGGGCUUGGGAUUGAGGCAAUACCUGUACGUAGUUCAUGAACCGGGUAUGAAA